AUGGACAUUACCGCAACCGCCAACGCGCUGUUGCCACUGCUCGGCGGUAAAGAGAAUAUCGCCAGCGCCGCCCACUGCGCCACGCGUCUGCGCCUGGUACUGGUGGACGACAGCAAAGUGGAUAAAGAGGCCAUCGGCAAACUGGACGGUGUCAAAGCUGCUUCAGCACGCCGGUCAGAUCCAGUGAUCUUCGGCACCGGGUGGUCAACAAGGUGCAUGCGGAAUUCAUCAAGGCGGCGGGCGUCAGCGAAUCCAGCAGGCCGAAGCCGCCGAUAUCGCGGCGAAAAAGCUCAACCCGCUGCAGCGCAUCGCCCGCCUGCUGUCGAACAUCUUCGUGCCGAUCAUCCGGCGAUCGUCGCGUCCGGCCUGUUGAUGGGGCUGCUCGGCAUGGUGAAAACCUAUGGCUGGGCCGAUGCCAACAGCGCGCUGUUCAUCAUGCUGGAUAUGUUCAGCUCGGCGGCGUUCAUUAUCCUGCCAAUUCUGAUCGGCUUCACCGCCGCACGCGAAUUCGGCGGCAACCCCUACCUGGGCGCCACGCUCGGCGGCAUUCUGACGCAUCCGGCGCUGACCAACGCCUGGGGCGUCGCCGGAGGGUCCACACCAUGA